UUGGCGCAAGGCGCGCCCGGAAACCGGGGACCGCCGCCGCUGUCACUGAGGCGACCAGCGCGUGCGGUUGCUAUGGAGACGGCGCCGCGGAGAGGGCCGCUGGGCCGCAGCCGGGUGGGAUGCCGCGCCGGGGCCCCGGAGCCCCAGGAAGGCGGAGACACGUGAGCGAGCGGUUGCGCGGGCGGCAGGAGCAGGCGCUGAGCAGCCGCAUGUACCUGCUGCGGGAGACCGGCCCCACUGGCUUCCUGCUGCGGGAGGACGCGCCGGAGGGCGGCGACUUCCGAGUGUUUUUAGGGAAUCCUCACGUCUGCAACUGCGCCACGUUUCUGGAGGGCGGGGAGCUCUGCAAGCACAUCUGCUGGGUCUUGUUGAAAAAAUUCAAACUUCCAAGAACUCAUGAAUCUGCUUUGCAGUUAGGUCUCGUGGAAGGAGAAAUCAGUGACUUGCUUCGAGGGAUACAUCGAGUUCAAACUCCCCAGCAAGAAACUAUUGAUGAAACUGUGCGUAUUGAAGAAGAUGGCUACAUUAAACAGAAGGAAAUUGAUUCAGAGGAUAUCUGCCCAAUUUGUCAAGAAGGACUUUUAGAGAAAAAGCUUCCUGUCACAUUUUGCAGGUUUGGCUGUGGCAAUAGCAUUCAUAUAAAAUGCAUGAAGAUCCUAGCUAAUUAUCAGGAUAGGAUUUCAGACACUUCUGUGUUGAAAUGUCCUCUGUGUAGGAAAGAGUUUGCACCAUUAAAACUUAUUUUAGAAGAAUUCAAAAACUCGAGCAAACUUGUGACUGCGGCGGAAAAAGAGCGGCGGGACAAACACCUUGGAAUUCCGUGUAAUAGCUGCAAACAGUGUCCGGUGGAAGGGAGAUGCUAUAAGUGUACCAAAUGUACAGAGUUCCACUUAUGCCAGGAAUGUUUUCCCAGCCGCUGUCACCCUCCUCACGCAUUUACAUUCCGUGAGAAGAGAAAUCAAAGGUGGAAAUCACUAGAAAAAGGAUCAGAUGAAAUUGUAAAAUAUGCAGACAUUAGAAAUGAGAAAGAAGAAAAGAUGCCACAUUUUCAAGAAAAGCAAGGCCAAGUUUACACACCAAAACAAGUGGUGAAGUCACUGCCUCUCUUACUGAUUACAAAGAAUAGUAAGCUGCUUGCUCCAGGCUAUCAAUGUCGACUUUGUCUGAAGGCAUUUCAUCCGGGUCAACAUACAAGAUUGCUACCAUGUACUCAUAAGUUUCAUAGGAAAUGUAUCGACAGUUGGUUAUUCUACAAGUGCAAUUCAUGCCCUAUUGAUGGACAAGUUAUAUAUAACCCUUUAAUCUGGAAAGAUAAAGCAGUAAGUGGACACACGCAUCCAUCGGUUUCAAAUACAAACAUCACUCAUCUGUCAAAACAGGAAGAACUGGAACUUUUUAUUCCUGGUACUGGAUUAGUAAUUAAACGAAAUAGACUUAGAAUUUUACCUAGAAUAACCCAACAUAAUUCUGAGAAGUUUAAUACACCUGAAAGUCCAACAGAUACCCAUCAGGAUAUAGCAAUAGAUGAUCUAUUCUCUAACAAGUUAGAUGAUUCAAACUUAAGAAAAUUAAUCUAUGAAUAUAAAAUUAGCCAACAUUUCCCCAGGUAUCUUCAAGAUUUACCAACUGGACCCUUUGGAAAAAUGUCAUCUCAAACAUUUCUUCCUGCUAUUGCUGACAAGAAUAAUAUGUGUCCUACUGGAAUGGAAACCCCACAUAUCAAUGAAAAAUACCACACUUGUCAAAGCCAGAAGAUGGCAAAAGACUGUAAACAUAUUAACCACAAUCCAAAGAAGACUUCUGGUGCUAGAAUGAGAGAAGACAAGAAGAGAUUAGAUACUUUACUUCCAGAAGAUUUAAAUCUUAUUACCAAUUGGGGUACAACUAAAAUUAGUUUAUCUAAAAGAUAUAAUAACUGUAUGGGUAAAAUUAGACAAAAAUAUAGUAAUCUGUCAAGAAGGCCUGAAUCUCAUCCUUUAAAUAUAAAAAGUCCUGAGCUAUCUUUCAUAUUAGAAGGAGUUCAGUUAUGAAGAUGUAUUUUUUAUUAACAUCAGAAAAUAUUUGGAUAUUUAACAUAAAAAUGUUUUAUUUGUAGAACAUAAACACUAUACUCUUGACAAAUGUUGAUAGAAUUGUCAUCAUUUUGCCUGCUUGUCUAUGAAUGACUAACUACUCUUAAAAGAAAUGACCCCAUUCUUUAUAAGACUUAAAGCAUUUGAUAAAUAUGUUCAGAAUGUUAUUAUGAAUAAGUUUUAGAAAUUUUAUUUCAUACUGAUUAAAAUAAUUAUUUUUACUUAAAGAAAUAGAUUUUCUUUGCUUUAAGCCACUGUUUUUAAACAUUCCAUUUAUAACAUGUAACAUGGAGAGAUUCUUUCCAGGACCUUGAAUAUUUUUUGCAUUUUCUUACACUAAUAUUUACCACAAACCUAUGGGAAAAUCCAGAUGGUGGUUAUCUUGUUCACUUCAUUUCUUUAAAGUUAUUUCUUAUACAUGAAAUGAAAAGUAAAUAUCCUUACAAUGCUAUAAGUUAUGCCACAUUUAGAAUGAUUUCACUGAUGUCAAGAAACUUAUAAGUACUAUCAAAUUCUACUAUUUCUACUAUUUUUGAAGACUGUAUAAAAUUACUUAAUCCUCCCAUUAAAAUAUA